UGAUUGCUGUGAAUUUGAACAAAGCAACAGUUGUUUGUUUCUGUUUAGUUUGCGUCAGGACGUAGUUAAUUCUCCUUUCAAAUUAGUUUAAAUUAAUGAGAAAGUUUACGUUCUGGGAUACAGUGUUUUGAGUGUAAUUUAAAAGCAAUUAAUCUUCCCAAAACCGAGUGAGAAGUCUUAUUUCACCCCCUCCUCCUCCUCCUCCUCCUCCUCCUCUUGAGGAAACUGAACGCACGCGCGCAGAGCGGAUGCCGGGAGCGAACAGACAGUUUGCGGUGAGCUGUAUGUCUCUCUGUCAGUGAGCCUGCGCGGCUCGAUGUGCGACAGCGACAGGAGGAAGACAGACAGACAGUUAUCGUGGCUCAAGGUCGGCCUUGAUGGUACAGAGCACCCGCUGAGCGCGAGCGGCAGAACAGCCAAGUGGCGACUCGGGGGGUGGGUGGGGGGGCUGUACGUGAAACUCAAAGAAGUCAGCAUGGACGGCAAAGGUACGCUGAAGAUGUUCAGGAAGAAACGGGAACUGAUCAAGACGCCAUCCAUCUCGAAGAAGAGCCGAGCAGGAAGCCCCGGGCCGCAGAGCAGCGCCCAGUCUCUGUCCAUCCUUCAGGAGCAGCCUCGGAAAGAUGCAGGCGACAUCAACCUCUCUUCUUCACCUUCAUCCUAUUCCACCUCAUCAACUCUCACCCCGACAUCUGCCGGGUUCCAGGACCUCUCCCUGUCCUGCCCGAGCACCCCCAGCAUCCAGCACGGCAAACUGGCGGCGAUGCAAGGGGUGGGCUGCCCGUCCCCUGUGGCCACCCUGAAGAGACCGACUGCGCUGAGCAGACAUGCCAGCGCUGCAGGUUUCCCGCUCCAGUCGUGGGUGUUCACUAAAGGCCAGGGGAAAGGGGCCUUGACCCCCACUGCUCCGUCUGAGGGUUCAGAGAGCACAGCCAUUGAGGUUGAGGACAUCCCGGCACUGCUGAGGGACGUGGCGCGCUUCGCAGAGGCUGUGGAGAAACUGAAGGACGUCGUGCUGGCGGAAGGUAAGAAGGAGAGUCAGCGGCCCGUGGCUCACGAGUGUUUGGGGGAGGUCCUACGGGUGCUGCGUCAGGUCAUCAACACCUACCCGCUGCUCAACACCGUGGAGAUCCUCACUGCUGCUGGCAAGCUCAUAUCGAAAGUCAAAGGUUUCCACUAUGAGGCUUGUAACGAGGCUGAUAAAAAGGACUUUGAGAAGGCAAUUGAAACCAUUGCAGUUGCUUUUAGCAGCAAUGUAUCUGAACUGCUGAUGGGAGAGGUGGACAGCAGCACGUUGCUCUCCCUGCUGCCCACUGAGAAGAGCAGGUCGAUGGAGAACUUGUACGCUGCGACAGGCCAUGGAGCAGACGGGGGACAGUUCAGGAGCGACCUGCAGGACAUUGGCAGAGCUGAGGCAGUGGAUGUGAUCCUCCAAAACAGCGAAGGAGGGGUGGACUCCGCUCUGCUCUAUGCCAAAACCAUCUCUAAGUACAUGAAGGACCUGAUGACCUACGUGGAGAAGAGAAUCUCACUUGAGACUGAGUUCUCCAAAGGCCUCCAGAGAUUGUACCAGUCCUGCAAACACAGCAUAACACAUCCCCAAAUGCCCCUCUUCUCCAUCUACUCUCUGGCUCUGGAGCAAGACCAGGAGCAGAGUGUGGGGCUGCAGCAGGCCAACACCACCCUGUACAACCAGACCUUCAUCCAGCCUCUGAUGCAGCGUAAGCAGGAUCAUGAAAAGAGACGGAAGGAGAUCAAGGAACACUGGAUUCGAGCUAAGAGAAAACUAAUGGAGUGCGAAGCGAACCUGCGGAAAGCCAAGCAAGCCUUCAUGGUCCGCUGCGAGGAGUACGACAAGGCCAAAACGGCAGCCUGUCGAGCUGAGGAAGAAGGAGGAGGAUCUACAGCAAAGUCUGUGGAGAAGAAGAAACGAUUAGAGGAAGAGGCUCGCAACAAGUCAGACGAGGCGGAGGCCACCUACCGGACAUGUAUAGCGGAUGCUACCACUCAGCAGCAGGAGCUGGAGCACACAAAGGUCACAGUGCUGAGACAACUGCAGGACAUCAUCAAACAGAGCGACCAGACCAUCCGCUCGGCGACCAUCUCGUACUACCAGCUCAUGCACAUGCAGACCGUAGCCUUGCCGGUCCACUACCAGACUCUGUGUGAGAGCAGUAAGCUGUAUGACCCAGGUCACCAGUAUGCCGCACACGUGCGCGACCUGCAGCUGCCAGAGCAGCCGACCGUUCAAUACACAUUUGAGAGCUACAGUCCCUUCAGCUCAUCAUCACACCAUGGCCACAGACCAAGGAAUGACAGUUUCAACACAGAGCAGACGAGCCACACGGACGGUCCUGCCACCAGUGUGGAUACAGCAGCUGGAGACAACCGAGACACAGAGGUUCACCGCAAGAGACAGGGCCACAAGUCGUGGGGCUCAACAGUGAGCGAUGACAGCGUUGGAGGAGAGGGAGCCCUAGAGUCUCCUACUGCCAGCAAAAGUGACAUCAGUAAAAUUGUUCGGACGUCAUCCACUGGAACAAUGUCGUCCAAUGAGGACGUAGACGAGAAAGAUGGGAAUGUGACCUCAUUUGAAGCUCCAAACAUGAACGGCAUGGAUCCUGAUGUAGUGGUGUCCACCCGACCUUUCCGUAACAUCGGCCUGUCUAAAGCAGCCCAGACCCACCGACUGAGGAAGCUACGGACUCCUUCAAAGUGCCGCGAGUGUGACAGCUACGUUUACUUCCAGGGGGCCGAGUGCGAGGAGUGUUUCCUGGCGUGUCACAAGCGCUGUCUGGAGACUUUGGCCAUCCAAUGCGGCCACAAGAAGCUGCAGGGCCGUCUGCAGCUGUUUGGCAGGGACUUCUCUCAGGUAGCCAGCUGCGCCAGUGACGGCAUUCCCUUCAUCAUCACCAAGUGUAUCUCCGAGAUCGAGAGACGGGCACUGAAGAUGAAGGGCAUCUACAGGGUGAACGGGGUGAAGACUCGUGUGGAGAAGCUGUGUCAGGCCUUUGAGAAUGGCAAGGAGCUGGUGGAGCUGUCCCAGUGCUCACCACAUGACAUUAGCAACGUCCUCAAGCUUUACCUCAGACAGCUGCCAGAGCCCAUCAUGCUGUUCCGCCUCUACAACAGUCUGAUGGGUUUGGCGAAGGAGAGUCUGCAUAGUGAAGCAUUCACACCAGAAGGAGAGGAGGCCGAGACGAACAGUACCAACCCAGCAGCGGGCAAGGGUCCGGAGCUGGUGGAUCUGGGCCCGGACACCGACCCAGAGGUCCUGGUCCUGGUCAACAAGCUGAAGGAGCUUCUGAAGGAGCUGCCCAAGGCUAACGUCGCUACGCUGCGCUACAUCAUUCGCCACCUCCGGAGGAUCGCAGAACUAGAGGAAGAUAACAAGAUGAGUCCCAGUAACUUGGGUAUUGUGUUUGGUCCCUCCCUGAUGCGUCCCCGUCCGACCGGGGCCACGAUCUCCCUGUCCUCUCUGGUUGAUUACCCCCACCAGGCCCGCAUCGUGGAGACCCUCAUAGUCUUCUAUUCAUCCAUCUUCCAGUCCAAGACCUCUCAGUCCAGCAAAACCUGUCGCACUGAUUCCACCUCCACUCCACAGGAAAGUAUUGCAGAUAACAAGAUGGGGAGCUCUGCUGAUGGAGAGGAGGAUGGAGGCAGUGAGGAGACAAAUAAACCAGAAUGUGACAAGAUGGAGGAGGGAUGUGGCCUCUUUAUCUCCACAGGAAGUUCUUUUGGGUCGCUGGGGUCUAGUGAGCAGCUCCCAGACUCCGACUCGGAGCUGGACGAGAGUGGUCAGAGGACCACACACUGCCGCAGCCUGGUGAAGCAGGAGAGCGAGGUAAGCAUGGAUGACGAUCAGCUGAGCUACAGGGACAGUCUGGACCUGUCCAGCCAGUCUGCAACCCAAACGGACCCGGAACAAGACGCGGAUCAGGACCACGACUUAGCAGAGCCCCCUGCACUGCCAGACAGCGGGCCCCCAGAUGACGACACAGGGGCAGAGCAAGACCUGAGCGCCUCUCUGGCCGAGCUCAACGUGAACCAGUCCAACAACAACAAUCCAUGCUCCCCAAAGUUAAGCUUGUCGGGGCUUCGACUGGCACGUCUGUGUGGAAAGAAGUUACCCCUGACCAGAAACCGGGACAGUGAGCCUGAGUUUGUCUGAUAUCAUUAUCAAAGUCGUGUGUGUGUGUGUGUGAGAGUGUGAGAAGUCUAUAGUAUGAGCUGAGUAACAGGACUAUUGAUCUUGUUUUAUUAAUUCAAAUCCAGCAAAUCCUUCAUCUGAGAGUGCUAAUGUGUUGUGUACAGCAAGAUUUAAGUUUUUAACGUGUAGGUGUUUGCAGUUGUAUUGAUCUAUCCUGGCAGUGAAACCUCUGCAUGCUUACUGCUGUUUGAUGUGAUUUCAUCUUGUCAUUUCAUGAAGUUUUGACUCAUAUAGUUUGUAUUUUAAAGUGUUUUAUACAUUGCUCUUGCAAGCUUGGGGAAAAGGUGGGCAGCAAUAGCCAAUUUGCCUUAAAGUGCUGCUGGUUUAAUUUCAGCACUAAAAUAAAAAAAUAAAUGUACUCUAUAAAUGUUGCCUGUAUUGCCUUGUUAUGGAUGUUUGGUCUAUUUUAAUAAACAUUUUAUUUUAAAAU